AUGGCAGAUGGGUUUCAAGGUCGCAUUCCUCUCCACAUCUCAAACCAGACAGCGCUGGUAUGGUCAGUGGAUGACGUCGCAACAUUACGAGCGACCCACCAUAUUUGCGGCACUCUAACGGGAACGCUUCCACACGCGGGUCAACAAAACGUCUUCUUGGGCCUUCCAUUGGCUCUACUCCCAGAAGAAGUUGUUGUACUCGUGAAAAAUGGAAUUGUCGCACUCGUCGAUGAUACUGCGUCUCACGAAGCACCGACUGCCGAAGAACUUGCACAAUGGAACGAAGUGCGCAAAGCUGAAGUUCAUCGCGUUCCAAAGAACCCAACAUUCACUCCUCCGACGCUUAGUGAUGAAGCUCUCCGCAAGCGUUUGGAACGCCAGAAACGAAAGGAGGCAUUAGAAGCUACCAAAAAAGACGAAAUCAUGUCGGAGCCCCUGACACCAACCACGACAUCGAGUACGAAAGAGAAGAGCUACUCGUUUACUAUCCCCGCUACGUCGGACGUCGCUUGGUAUCGGAAGAAAUGUUAUCUCACAUUGGAAGAAGCCAAAGAGGCUGGUCUAUGGGUGUAUCCUUCUACUGCCGAGGAGAUUGCCAAGUGUGGAGUAUUUGAGGAUCUAUGGAAACAAGGAUACUACAUGGGGAACGGCUUACGUUUCGGAGGAGACUGGCUCAUCUAUCCAGGCGAUCCGUUGCGAUUUCAUUCGCACUUUGUAGCAACCGUCGUCCCAUCACUCACAGAGCCAAUACUUCCUAUUCAGAUUGUUGCAUAUGGGCGUCUGGGUACCGCAACAAAAAAGUCUCAUCUCCUGUGUGGAUGGGAUUCAGAAACUCAAAAGGUUUCAUAUUACACUAUCGAAUGGGCAGGUUUCGGUUGA